GACGGCCAGCGAUGGGUGUGUCCGAAGUGUACGGUCGAGAAUCACUCGGCCCUCACCUACUGUGAAGUGUGCGAAUUGCCCCGCAAUGUGCGGCUCAUUGACGUUACCGAUGCCGCCGCUGUGGCCGCCAUCGACACCACCGACUCGUCGGCCACUGCGAGCGCACAACUGAGUGGUUCCGUGAUAACCGCUUUCAUCUUCACUGAUGAGGAGACCACUUGUGGUCAAUACAUGCAACACAUGGAUGGCCACCGACUCGAGUUUAUCACCGCCUGUGCUGUCCGUCAAAGACAUGGCAUUCAUCGGCGGACAGUAUUGGCUGUCAUCCCAUUGGCCGGCGCUCUGGUCUGGUUUGAGUCCACACUUCAGUUCACUUAUAGACCACUGUUUUUAUUGAAAAAUCCCAAAACCACUAGUUUUGAAGCCAUGUCUAGUCUAACGAAGUGCACGACAUGUGAUCUGCCGGUGGAGUCGGACGGCGCGGCCGCCGAUCAUAAUUGUGUUGACGGUCUGAAGAAAGCGGCCGCCAAUUGGGAGGCGAUGUAUAAAAGCUCCGAAAUUGAGUGCAUUUUAUUGCGAAAAAAGUGCAAUGAGUUAAACGAAAUGUUGCAUUCGCUGCCGUUUACCGCACACAACGCGUCCGUCACAUACGGAACCCAUAGGAUAACUGUCGGCCAAAUAAGUGUUACCGAAGGGUUUGUCGAGUUUCACCUGAUAACGGAGCCGGAAGGGGCCGCCCAACCACUGGAUCAGCCCAUUAUCAUCGCAUACUCUUUGACUAAAAAGCUGUUGGUCUGUCCCGACCCGGCGCUGAUGGCCAUUUGUUUUAAAGAGUCGGCCAACGCUAUAACCACUAAACUGUUUGGUUUACAAACUGAUGAUAUGAAACAUGAGAAGUAUAUGGUUUUGGCAUUUGAUAGGCUUAUGCCUGAAUCGGUGGUCAACCGACUGAAGGAGUGCUACGCGAGGAUCACCAGUGGAUCCAUGUAUGAGAUCAUCGACAGACAAGCGGCCCAACAAAUCAAUCGAUAUCUGACCAGAGAUGAGAACAGAUCUCCCAAAGAAAUAUUUGGUGACGAUUUGUGCGAAGAGUUGUUGUCUUUCCUCACAUUUGAAGACCGAUUCCACCAAAUGUUUGCUAAUAUUUACCGCAAUUUACCACAACUUCUGGACCUGAAGAUCAAUGGAUUGAUAAUAACGGAUGAAGUGUUGAAUGCAUUGUCAAGACUGACACAAAUCCGUUGCAUUCAACUCAUGGGCACUAAUAAUAGCACACAAUUGGCUGUCAAUCGUCUCAUCACUAAUUGUCCCAAAGUCUUCCAAAAUAAUUAUCUUUUUUCGAUACCAAUGGUCACACUCUUGGCCACCAGUGCUGGCGAGAGAUUAACGUACACUGUGGUCGUGAACCGGAACCGUUUGACCAGAUGUGCGAUACAUAGCUUCACCUCCAUUAUGGCGAACCGGUUGCCGAUGCAAUUGCGGGGUCCGGUGCCGAACGGCAGGGUCAAAUUGAUUCGGGUUCGGGUAAUAGCGCUCCGAUCGGUGAAUGGCGUGCACCGGGAUCUCAACCAACUGUCCCUUGAAUAUGGGUAUAUCAGCGCCGGAACUGGUCUUCAGGACAACGGGUUGGCCGGCCUCGCGCUCCAGACGCGUGGCCACUGGGUAUAA